AUGGAUGUGUGGUUCCACCGUUUCCACAAUCCACAUCUGCCACUGCCGGGCGAGACGUUUCCGAGGGGGGGCUACGUCGGAGUGCCUGAUGGCUACGUGUAUUAUUGGCCGCAUGCAGAAAGCUGGGAAAACAUCCCAAAGAAGGGAGGGAAGGCAGAGGGGCGAGGGGCGGAGGGGUCAAGCGAGGCUGGGAUUAAGACCUACAUGUCGAAGAAGCUGUCAGAAGUGGAGCUUCGUCAGGCGAUCGCCAAGCUGGUGGUGAACUGCGACCUGCCCUUCAAAAUUGUGGAGGCUGAGGCAAAGAACUUCAUACCUUCGCGCUGGACAGUGGCACGCAAUACUGUGGCGUUUGCAGCGGCCGCUCUACAUGCAGCCAAGGCGGAGCUGCAGGGGAAGGAGGGGGAGUUGGGAUGCAAGGUGUGGUACACUAUUGACAUCUGGACUGCGCCCAAUGGGAAAGCUUGGUUAGUUGUGACAGGUCACUGGAUCGACGAGUCGUUUCAGCUGUGCGAGGCAGUGUUCGAGUUUCGCGAGCUGCCGGGUCGUCAUGGCGCAGCACAGAUCGUGCAGAUCAUGGAGGACACGGUGGUGAUGUGGGGGUUGGAGGGGCGUUGUCUGGGCCUCACCACAGACAACGCCUCAGCCAACAUUGCCGCGUACAGGCGGCUGUCAGAGGAGGGUGGUGGUCGGGCUUUCUUCAACUCCUGCCUGCACUUCAGGUGUGUGUCACAUGUGGUCAACUUGGCAGUGCAGGCAGGACUGAAGGUGGAGGCCAUUCGCGCCUUGUUGAAGGUGCUCAGAGACAUGGCGUCCUGGGUUGGGUACUCGCCGCAGGGCUCGGCGGCGUUUCUGGGGCUUCAGCGCGGCCUGAACCAGCAGGCCCGUGUCAAGAAACCAGCCUUGAAGCUGGUGCAGGACAGUCCUAUCCGCUGGGGCUCGACUCAUGCCAUGAUCGAGCGCUUCCUUGAGCUGGAGAACUCGAUCACUGUGUUCUUGGCCUCGACCCAGGGCCUGGCGAAGGAGGACAAGGAGAAAGUGGAGAAGAUGCGCCUUUCAGAUGAGCAGUGGGGGAUGUUGAGGGAGCUGAAAUUUUUUCUCAGCCCCUUCAACAAGGUCUCCAAGGCAGCCGAGGGGACGGCGUACCCGACUCUGUCGAUGGUGGUGCCGUACUACAACGGCCUCAUCGACGCCAUGGAGGCCAGACUGGCAAAGGGGACCUCGGCGCUGCUGAAGCCUCUGGUCUAA